AUGUCCUCCUCCAAUACACAUCCACACAUAAGCCCUGCCAUUCCUGCCAGCAGUUCAAGUGCCGGCCCUACCGCGCAUACCGACCCAGAUCAACGCCGAAACUCCACACUGUCCACAGACUCCGAUGUGAUCCACUUCCUCUAUUUCGAAGAUAACGAUGGUUUCUUUCCACCUAGCUGGAUUGGCAAACAGUCACAGCAAGUACUAUCAGACAAGGGCACGAGCAGCCACGGGUCCGGGGGCGAAGCUAAGAGCAUGAAUGCUUCCAAAUUCGAAGGUCACACAUAG